AAAAAAAGAAACUUCCAGACCAAUUUCGCCCUUCUCUGGCGAGGCCGCUGGAGAAGAGAAGCCGAAGGGGAGCGCAGCCGGCCUAGUCAGUGCGGCUCCCGGCAGCGACCGCUAUUGCGGGACUAACCGACUGACAGAAGGGGCGGAGAUUCGUUGUGACUGACAGGCUCCUAUGCUGGAAUCCAUCGUGGGGGAGGAAAGAAUAACCCGAAGGGUUGGGGACUUUCUGCAAAAGGCCAGUUCCUGAACGCUUUCUUUUUAUCUGCGUAGCACAGAAGAACCAUGUCAAACUGGGUAUCUUACUACAGAAAUGAGGGAGAGGAGGAAGAAGAGGAGGAAGAAACAGAAGCUGAAAAUGUUGGAGUAUAUAAAUAUGGAGGUCGAGACACUUUGCUUUUCUUAGUGGAUGGCUCAAGAACCAUGUUUGAGUCUUUUGAUGGUAGUAAUUUGACACCUUUUGAUAUGACAAUUCAGUGCAUUCAGAAUGUAUACAGAAACAAAAUCAUCAGCCAUGAGAGGGACCUUGUUGGUGUUGUGUUUUAUGGAACAGAGCAGCAUAAUAAUACAAUGAAUUGUAAACACAUAUAUGUUCUCCAGGAUUUGAACAAUCCAGGGGCAAAACGGGUAUUAGAGCUGGCUAGCUAUGAAGGAGAACAGGGAAGAGCUCUCUUCCAAAAGUCCUUUGGCCAUAGUGACAACUACUCAUUAGGCGAGGCACUCUGGGUUUGUACUAAUCUCUUCAGUGUUGUCCAUUUCAAGAUGAGCCACAAGAGAAUUAUGCUGUUCACAAAUGAAGAUGACCCUCAUGGCCAAGAUAGUACUAAAACCAAAUUUGCUAGGACCAAAGCUGCUGACCUACGAGAAACAGGAAUUUACCUUGACUUAAUGAACCUAAAGAAGCCUGGAGGGUUUGAUAUUUCCUUAUUCUACCGAGACAUCAUUAAUACAGCAGAUGAUGAGGACCUAGGAAUCCAGUUUGAAGAGUCUUGCAAAUUGGAGGAUCUUAUGAAGAAAGUACGAGCAAAAGAAACAAGGAAGCGAGCUUUAAGUCGGCUGAAUUUAUAUUUGGGGAAAGAUGUAAUUCUUACUGUAGGCGUUUUCAACUUAGUCCAGAAGGCUGUCAAGCAGCCUCCAGUGAAACUUUACAGAGAAACUAAUGAGCCAUUGAAAACAAAAACACGAACCUUUAAUCGAGAGACAGGUAGUUUGCUUCUUCCAAGUGACACCAAGAGAGCUCAGAUUUAUGGGAAUCGUCAGAUUGUGCUAGAGAAAGAAGAGACAGAAGAAGUAAAAAGAUUUGAUUCACCGGGCUUGUAUCUGAUUGGGUUUAAACCCUUGGUAAUGCUGAAGCCAUAUCACUAUAUCAGGCCUGCACAGUUCGUCUAUCCUGAAGAGUUCUUAAUGAAUGGAAGUACUACUUUGUUUAAUGCCUUGUUAACAAAGUGUUUGGAGAAAGGAGUGAUGGCCAUAUGUAGAUACAUACCACGUCAAAACAAUCCUCCCAGAUUUAUAGCUCUGGUCCCACAAGAAGAAGAACUAGAUGAGCAGAAUGUACAGGUAGUCCCUGCAGGUUUUCAUCUCAUUUUUCUACCUUAUGCUGAUGACAAACGAAAUACUGACUUUACUGAGAAGAUACCAGCUAAUCAACAACAAGUGAACAAAAUGAAGGAAAUAAUACAGAAGCUUCGAUUCAAGUACAGAAGUGAGAGCUUUGAAAAUCCAGUACUACAACAACAUUAUAUGAAUUUGGAAGCACUGGCACUGGAUUUGAUGGAGCCUGAAAAAGCUGAGGAUCUGACAGUGCCCAAGGUUGAGUUAAUGGAUGGCCGACUGGGUAGCCUUGCAGAAGAGUUUAAACAACUUGUUUAUCCACCAGGCUAUGAUCCUGAUGGGAAAACUAUGAAACGAAAACAAGCAGGUAGUGGUUCUGAACAAUCAGAAAAGAAAGCAAGAAUGGAACUCUCUGAAAACGAAGUGAGGAAUCAUGUUGAUAAAGGCACUUUGGGUAAACUUACUGUACCAAUUCUAAAGGAUAUAUGCAGGAUUUAUAAGCUAACUGGUGGUGGAAAGAAGCAAGAACUUUUAGAUGUGAUAACUGCACAUUUCAAUAAGCACUGAGUUUAUACCCCCAACUGCUUCAAACAUGUUAAUGUUGAAAAUCUCCUAAAUGUUGAGGAUUUUGACAAGACAUCAUAGACAUUUGAUAAAAGGGAACGGGAAUCAGGUUUUCCCCUUUCCACUCUGGUUCUAGAUUUGAUUGUACAACUUUCAUCUGUCUUUAAUAAAUGAGCUUGGUUUGGC